GGCAGACGGCGCGGGCGGGCGGAGGAUAAGGGCAGACAUGAGCCGCCUCCUGCUCCACAGGCUCCAGGCCACAGCGAGAAUCAGCCGCAGACACUUCCAGCUCUCACACACCGCCGCCAUGCCCAUCAAGGUUGGAGACAAGCUGCCCUCCGUGGAGGUCCACGAGGGAGACCCGCACUGUGUCGUCAAUAUCGCCGACAUCUUCAAGGGCAAGAAGGGGAUCCUCAUUGGUGUGCCGGGGGCUUUCACACCCGCCUGCAGCAACAACCACCUGCCCAGUUUACGUGGAGGGUUUUGAGGAGCUGAAGAAGAAGGCGUGGAGAUUGUGGCCUGCAUCGCUGUCAACGACGCCUUCGUCAUGAAGGCCUGGGGCAGUAACCAGAAGGCCGACGGCAAGGUUCGCAUGCUGGCUGAUCCCACCGGAGCCUUCACACGGGCCAUAGACCUUGAGUUGGAAAAGGAGCAGUUGAUCGCCGCUCUGGGGAACAAACGCUGCAAGAGGUUUGUGAUGGUACUGGAGGAUGGCGUGGUGAAGAAGCUGAACGUGGAGGCAGACGGAACCGGCGUCACCUGCAGUCUGGCCAAGCAUGCCAAGGACCUGCUGUGAGACUGACCGCUGUGUCUGGCCCAGGGCCACACAGACCAGACAGACAGACACACACACACAUCCCUGAUGUACAGUGCAGGAACCUAGCAAUAAAACACUCACACUGGG